CGCACCCCGCAGCCGCCGCGCGGGCGCGCACGCACUAUCCAGCCCCUCACCCUCUCCUCUACACGCGGCAAACCCUAAUCCAGCCCCGUCGCCCAAAGCCCCAAACCCUAACCCAGCUGCGGCGGGCGACGGUCGAAUCUCCCAGCUUGCCGCGCAUCCGGUCGAUCUCCCACCUCUCGACACCUCGCGUGCGUCCACGGCGGCGCGAACAAGGCGUUGGCAGCGAAGCGAAGGCAAGGGCGCCCAUCGAGCGACGGUCGGAUCUCCCAGCUUGCCGCGCAUCCGGUCGACCUCCCACCUCUCGGCACCUCCCGUCCACGGCGGCGCAAACAAGGCGGCAGCAGCUAAGCGAAGGCAAGGGCGCCCAUCGGGCGACGCUCGGGUCUCCCAUCUUGUCGCGCAUCUGGUCGAUCUCAUACCUCUCAACACCUCGCGUCCACGGCGGCGUGAACAGACGGUGGCAGCAAAGCGAGUGCAAGGGGGGCGGCGGCGGAGCUCUCAGCCGUUCCCACAUAUCCGACCUGAACCACCCUCCUUGGCUCUCCAGCAUUUCAUCUCAUCCGACUCAGUCCACGGCGUCGGGGAAUGGAUCAAGCCCAAGCCUUGUUCUUCUUGCAAUGGAUCGGCGCCCACCGGACCCAAUUGACUGAAUUUUUUGAUCUUUACUUUGGAGAUGCUGCUGUCAUAUGCAGCAACAUUGGUCGCAACUAUCUGAAGAGUGCCUACCGGUUUGUCAUUGAUACAUUCAAUCGAGGGUAUUGCUGGCAUGGAUCAUUUUCUGUACGCAAUUUCCUGGUCGCUGGUGAAUUAUUUAUGAUGGGCAUACCUGCACUCCACAAGACUCUUGGUUUUCAUGACCUCCUUAUUGAUCUUAGAGCCUUGAGCAAUGCUUUGCUGCCAUACUACUGUGAAGGAAACCAACCUGGAAACGUGCCUGCACUAUUCACAUACCAUCUUCAUUAUAUUACCACUAAUGUCCCAUUAGGAAUUGGACCAUCAAUUGUGUUCCAAUCUAGGUUCAUUCGUCUGAUAUACCAUCACUUCUCGUUCUCAUUGCCGGAUCAUACGUAUUCGCUGUUUUCAGCACUUGCAACAGCAAAAAAUCAUCUUGGGCAGGAUGACGUAUGCGCAUUUAAUACUCUCCUUCGACAAGCUUGGAAUGAUUUACUGAUUGACCAGAUUGCAGUAGUUGGUCAAAAUUGGCCUGAUCAAGCCGAACAAAAUCCGAUCUUUUAUGAAAUUAUGUGGUGGCAGAGCAGGCAGGCAGGGGUACCUCCAAGGACAGGAUAUACAGGUACACCUGAGUCAUUAUACAAUUUUGGAAGAAAAAACAGAGUUCAUGCACCUGAAAAAACAAAGGGGCCAAGGGGAGCUCCGCUAGGGGAGAUUCAGCAAGUGCCACCCCAUGGUGCAGGGCGUUGGCGAUGGAUGAUCAUUACUCCUGAGGGGGAAUGGGGCUGGGUGUGGCAGCCUGCUCAAGGGCAGUGGUUCUGGCCGACGGUUCCAGGUGAUACCCAGUGGCGAAUGACCAAGUGGCCAAAUGCUGCACCAGUGCUGCCUCUACUACCAUUAUCUGCCCAGGACCAGAAAAUGGAUAAUCUAGAGAAUGUGGGCCAUAUGGUAGGGAAGGAGUUUGGGAUGUUCUUUGCUCAUGCCACGGCCUUUGUCCUCCUAUUCUUACAGUGUGGAACUCCAGAGUAUAUUGAUCAGCCUCAUCAGAGAUACAAAGAGGCAAUGGAUAGUUAACUGCAGAGUAAGUACCUUGUACACACUUGUAUUUUCCGACCAGUGAAGCUUGAUGUUAUGGUCUGAUGCCAUUUUUUACACUUGUACAUGUGAACAUAAAUCACAUAUGUAUUUUACAUCAUGGAUUUAUAUUCUUGUCAUUCAAUCUGCUAGAGCCAAUUUUUAGUUGCGAAACAGGCCUGAGAUAAUGUCCUAUUUUAUGUGAGUUUGAAUAGGGAACAUGAAGUUUACUAGCACACAAUUACUAGAGUUUAAAGUGUAUUGUCAGGUCUAUGCUUCUCUCGGUGUUAGUUUUUUUGUUAGCUAAAGCUUGCCAUUCUGAUGGAACUUUGUACGGCACAUAUAUUUUGAGUAAAUUACUUGAAUUACAGACUCAAUGUACAUACUAUACCUCACUUACCACUACGAGCUACUAUUUUGGGAGAAUUUGUGUUGCUAAAAUUCCACGUGUAAAGACAUGUUUCGUAGAUCUACAUGUCUAGAUUCUAUUUGUUUUUAAAAAGUGCAGUUUUAUGUUGCACUUCUUUAUUGAAUCCAGGCCUGCGUAGCAUACCCCGAAAGUCUUAAAUCUGCAGCUAUGUGGAAUUGGCUCUUAAUUUCGUAGCUCUGUAAUUUUUGUACUUAAACAAGUACUCCCUCCUUAAACUAAUAUAAGAGCAUUUAGAUUACUACU